AUGUACCCUGACGUCAACCACGCCACUGUCGGAGGAAGGAGGAUUAAGGAUUUGGUGCCUCAUCCCGACUGGGUCACAAAUGAGUUUAUGAUUCGCGUCCAGCAGAGAGGGAAGGAGAUCAUCGAGGCUGCGGGGAAAUCGUCGGCUCCGUCAGCGGCGAUGUCGUGUAUUGACCAGAUGCGAGAUUGGGCAUUGGGGUCGGACAACAAGUGGGUGUCUAUGGCCGUCAUUGGCAAGAACAAGGAGAGUUAUGGCAUAGACUCGUAUGGUAUUGAUACGGAUCUCUGUUUCUCGUUCCCUGUCAUCACUGAUGGCCACAGCUGGACCAAGGUUGGAGGCCUGGAAAUGACUGAGUUUGGGUAUUCGAUGCUGCAGCGUAAUGUACAAGAGUUGAAGGCCGAACGCGAUAUGGUCCGCAAUCUAAUGGG